AGUGUAUGAGUGACGUAAAUGCCAGGAUGUGAAUAUCUUCAUUUCCAUGGAGUCACUGUUCUCUCUUCCCUUAUUUAUUAUUACGUCACUGCUCGUGACAGUGAUUUAAACUUCAAAGUAUAAUGUAAAUAUUAUAAAAUAUUUUUAUAUAUUCAAAAAGUGAAAGGAAGAAAUCAAGAAGGAAUAAGUUGAAAACGAAAUGAUACAGAACUUCUAUCUAAAAUGAGCAAAAAUGCAACAGUACUGAGUUACAAUGAAAGUUUGUUAAAAGAGUCUGAUGUUGAUUUACUAAAAGGACCUUUCUGGCUGAAUGAUACAAUAAUUUCAUUCUAUUUCGAAUAUUUGGAAACGGACCUAUUUCGACAUAACAAAUCUUUGCUGUUUGUUUCACCCGAAGUCACACAAUGCAUAAAAGUAUCCCCUGAACGUGAAUUGCAUGUAUUUUUAGAUCCCCUUGUUGCUCUGACAAAAAGAGAUUUUAUUUUCUUUGCAUUGAAUGACAAUGAGUUGACGGAUUCAUCUGGAGGCUCUCAUUGGAGUCUUUUGGUUUUCUCAAGACCGGAAAGAAUGAUGUUUCAUUAUGAUUCGUCGAAUAAUUUGAAUGAGUCCCAAGCAAUAGAUUUAGCUGAGAAGAUUUUGAAGUAUUUUUCUCUUCCUAUUCAGGGAAAAUUUGAAAAUGUGCCUUGUCUUCAACAAAAUAAUGGGUAUGAUUGUGGAGUUCACGUGCUGUGCAAUGCAGAACAACUAGCAAGUUAUGCAGCACAUUAUGGACGAAUUAGAGGAUGUCCAAAGUUGCUUUAUGAAAAUGUUGUUGCUAAGAGAUGGGAAGUAUUGGAUAUCAUUGAAAAAUUAAAGGAACAAGGAUACGUGAACACUUUUUGAAGCAAAAUAGCUGUUUACUGUACAAGCAAGCAUAUUUAUUAUCAACAAAAUUAUCACUUUUAUUGUGAAAGUUUUUUAUUAAAAAUCAAUUUAUUUGUCA